AUGGCAAAUUAUUGGGCCUCAUUGCCACCCGGCAUAAUUGGCCUCAUCUUGAGCCACGUUGCCCAAGAAGCAGCGUCGGAUCAUACACUUGCCCGAUAUGCUACUGUCAAUCAAAACUGGCAGUACCUAUUCGAGCAGCUUACUUUCAGGAGCCUAAGUCUUGGCCCAGAUGAUUUGUCUGAUUUUGAGUUGACGGUAUCGAUUAAUUCCGAGCGCCGCAAAUGGCUCCGGGCAGUGUCAUUCCAUGACCGUUCCGAUGGCGACAAAUCAGAAACACUGGUCCUCGAGCACGACCCAUCCCGGACCGUGUUCUCGCUGUUGUCCCUCCUCAAGAAAUGGGAUCAUGAUGGGAACCUACAUCUUACGCUCUAUCUUUCCGCUCACACCACCAACAGUCUUGAUGCACAGAGAGCUGCAACACUCCAUGAGAAUGGCUCAUUCUUGCACUCGACCAUCCAGCCUCGUCUGCCCAAGAAGGACUUCCCCGCUCACAUAUUCGGAGAUAUACCAGCCGUGAAGAGCUUCUCAAUUCGAUACGAAGGGAAAGGGGUAACAGUCACUCGGGCAGCCAUAAGCCUCAGUUCAGCAUUCCCGGGGCUGGAGGAGCUCUGCCUCCAAAACUGUGAUCAUCACAACGAGCACACCAAACACAUCAGGAUUGCAGAACUGGUCCCUCAGCUGCCCAAAACUUUAAAGCGCCUGCAUAUCCUAGGCCAAGGCAGCAAAGGAGCCCAAAGUACAAGCGCAUGCCGAUUCCUCGUGCAACGCUUGGUAUGGUUUGGCAUGACGACACAAUUGAAGGCACUCUCUGUAACUACAAGCGGGAAUACCGCAGAGGAGUUCUUGGAGGCUUUCAGGAACCUGACAUCCGGUUCUGUGCCAAACAGUGGGACCUUACAGUGGCCGGCAUUGGAGUCUCUGACACUCACCUGUUCGCUGCUCGGCCAGGGCACCCCUCGGUCCAUUGUCAAUCGCUUUCUCCAUCAAGCUGGAAUCGCAGCGUUGGGCCUGCCGAGAUUGCGGGAGUUGCGGUUCUUAAGCUACAGUUCUAGAAGACGGGGAGAGGUUAAUGGACUCUUUCGAUAUGUCAUUAGAAGUUAUGGGGAGGCUACCGCUGCGUGUUUCGGUGAGUUGGACAAAUAA